AUGAAAGAGGAGGAGGAGGACGUGUGUAGGAUUUGCCGUGCGCCGGCAGCGGACGGGGAUCCGCUGUACCACCCGUGUGCUUGUAGCGGGAGCAUCAAGUUCGUGCAUCAGGGCUGCUUGCUGCAAUGGCUGCACCACAGCAACAAAACGCACUGCGAGGUAUGCAAGCGCGCGUUCAUCUUCUCCCCCAUCUACGCGCCCAACGCGCCGUCCCGGCUCCCCCCAAACGAGUUUCUCGCGGGCGCGGCGCUGAUGGCGGGGCGCGCCGUCUCGUUCGUCCUGCGCGCCGCGCUCAUCGCGUUCGUGUGGCUGCUCCUCGUGCCGUUCCUCACGAGCUCCAUCUGGCACCUCUGCUUCCUCCGCGAUUGGACGCGCAUCGGCGCGCUGUUCCGCGAGAGGCUCACGGGCGGGGCGAUUUUCCAGGACUGCGUGCUGGGCAGCGUGCUGUCCGCGGCGGUGAUUUUGUUUUUUCUGAGCUUGUCGUCUCUGAGGGAGUAUCUAGCGCAGCUGUUGGAGCAGCAGAUGGAAGGGGAGGAGGGACAAAACGGGGAGGAGGAAAGAGGGGGCAUAGCCCCGCCACCUCCCCCCCCUCCGCGAGCAAUUCCCCCUCCGCCUCCCCGUGUUGUUCCCCCCUUGGGAACUCUCCCCCCGGGCUCCUCUGGCCGACCUUUUUCGUUCAGCGACCGUGCAGGAGGCUCUGCGACAGGCCCUGCGACUGGCCCUGCGACGGACGACCAGCCGUUUGUGUUUGGUGCGAAUCCGUCCGCCCAGGAGACCCGUCGCCCGGCGAGGUUUUACUUCCGCCCGGCUGGAGAGGCGGGGCAAAUGGGAACUGGACAGGUGGACGCGCGGGGCAGGAAUAGCGGGAGGGACGAGCGGGGGGAGGAGCCGGAAAGAGAAGAGUUAGGGGGGGAAGGCGCGGAGGGGCAAGGAGCAGUGAUAGCGGCAGGAUUAGGAGCAGAGGAAGGAGAGGCGGGAGGAGCGGAGGGAGGAGGGAUAGGGAGGGGAGGGGAAGAGGGGGAAGGAGCAGCGGAAGGUGGCUUUGCUGCAGCAGCAGGUUCCGCUGCUACUGUGGCUGGCGCUGGGGGACAGAGUGCGGGGAAGGAAGGCGGUACGGAGGGCGGAGGCCGCGGGGAAGAGAGAGAUGGUGGGGGAGAUGGUGAGAUCGGGGGAGAAGUGGGGGGAAGUGGCGGGGAAGUGGGUGGGGGAGAGGGGGGGGGAGCAGCUAGAAGAGAGGGUGGGCAGGUGGGGAGGUUGAGACUCGGAUUGGGGACGGAAGGAAUAGGAAGAAGAGAGGAAAGAGUAUGUACAGAGGAAGCAGAGGGGAGAGUCAGUGACGGCCGUGAGAAGGGGAAAGGGGUGGAGAAGGGAGAGGAUACAGCAGCUGGUUGGUUGGGAGAGGGAGGGGAGCAUGGGGAGGGGAGGAGGGGGCAAGAGAGGUUGUGGGGGGAUGAGACGGGCGGAGAUGGCGCGAAUUUAUCCGCCCAGACGUGGGGGAAUGGGGGAAGCGGAGAUGGUGCGGGGAUAUCCGCGCAAAGGGGGAGUGCGUGGGGGAAUGAGAUACAAGUAGAUGAGGAGUUAAGAGAAGAGAGCAGGGAAGCGAGUGAGGAGGAGGAGGGUAGUGGGGAGGAGGGGAGUACGGGAGAGGAGGAGAGUGGGAGCUUUCAGGAUGAUGAUGAUGAUUACGAGUAUGAGGAAGAGGAGGAAGAAGAGGAGGAAGAGGAAGAGGAGGAAGGGGAGGAAGAGGAGGAGGAUUUUGAGGAGGCGGAGGCGGGCAUGGGGGAGGGGGAGGUGGACGAGGAUGGGGAGCCAAUGGACGAUUUAGGGUUUGAGGAGCUCAUCGGCCUGCAGGGACCGCUCUGGCGCCUCUUUGAAAACGCCACCACGGUGCUCUGCAGCAAUUUCUUUGUGCUCGUACUCGCGUUCUUCCUCCCGUUCAACCUCGGUCGGCUCUACAUAGCCCUCUUCUCCUUCCUCUUCCUCUCCCCCGCCUCCACCAUCUCUCUCGUCCCAAUCUACUCCCUCCUCCUCGGCCCCCCUACACUCCCCCUCCCCACUCCUCCACCGCUCUCCACCCCGUCCUGCAUCCCCCCAAUCUACCCAACCUAUCUCAACUCCUCGGAACCGUUUGCGCACUGGGGCUUCUGCCCUGUUUCCUCUCGGCCUGCAAUUUUGGACGAGCUACGUGUGUGUGGGUAUGAGAAGGGGGGUUGGUCUCAGGGUGUGUUCAGUGGGGAGCAUGAGCAUGAGGGUGACUAUAGAGGGGUGUAUAGGUGUGCGCGAGAGGGGGAGCAUGAGUGUGCGUGGAAAUCGAACCUUCUUCCUUCCUCACCGCGUGCGUCCUUCCUGAAGCUGCAUGGGAGGAGGGGGAAGAGGAGAGGGGAGAGGAGAGGGGAGAAGAGGGGGGCGGGGAGGAGAAAGAAGUUAGAAGAAGAGCAACGGGACAAGAUUGGAAGGAGGAUGGAGAACGUGGAUGGGAUGGUAUACAGUGGGGAGGAGAGUCGUAAAGCCACUAGUAAUAGCCCUCAUUCCAGCAGGAAUUACAGUAUCAGCAGCAGGAGCAGCAGCAGUAGCAGCAGCAGCAACGUCAGCCAGAGCAGCAGCGAGCCUCUCUUAUCCAAUGCCACCACUCCUACUACCACCACCACCACCGCCACCACCAGCACCAGCAGCAGCACCACGACAGCCCUCCUGGCCCACCUCCUCCAAAUCACCACAGCCCACCUCUCCUCCCUCUCCCACCAGCUCGUGCUAGCAGCAGCGCUGUACUCGCAGUGGUGCUGCACGCUGCUGGGCCUGCGCUGGGCGGAAGCGGGCCACGGGCUGGCAGCAGGGAAUCUGGUGUCGCUGCUGGUGGGGUACGAGGUCGUGGCGUUCUGCUGUGCCGUUCACGUGCUCGUAGCGAUUCAGCUCAGGCGAGCGAGAGGGUUGCCACUGGUGGGGGCUCUGCCUGCCACGCUGCUGGCGCUGCUGCAGGUGGCGCCGGCGAUUCAGGAGCACCUUGUUGCCGCUGUCAGGCACGGUUUGGUCGUUCUAAAAGUCACCAGUCUCCUGUCAGUGGAGCUUGGGGCUUUCCCGUUCCUCUGCGGCUGGUGGAUCGACUUCUGCUCGCUCUCCCUCUUCGGGGCCUCCCCCUCGGACCGCCUCGCCUUGCUGCUGGCGCAUCCGCUGCUGUGCUGCUUCCUGCACUGGUUCGUGGGGAUCCUGUACAUGCUGCAAGUCAGCCUGCUCGUCACCAUCCUCCGAGAGAUCCUGCGCCCAGGCGUGCUCUCCUUCCUGCGCGACCCCACCGAUCCAAACUUCAAUCCAUUCCGGGACCUCGUGGAGGACCCCAUUCCCAAGCACGCGCGCCGCAUCGUGCUCUCCCUGUUCGCCUACGGCGCGCUGGUCGUGCUGCUGCUGUUCCUGCCCGUGCGAGCCGCCAUCGCCAUCGCGCCCAGCAUGUUCCCAUUCAACUACAGGUCAGUUAUAAGCGCCUCCCUCCUGCUCUCCAUCUCGCCCUCUCUCACGCCCUAUUGCUUUCUCUCUUCGCCUACGGGGCACUCGUGGUGCUGCUGCUGCUCCUGCCCGAGCGAGCAGCCAUCGCCAUCGCGCCCACCAUGUUCCCCUUCAACUACAGGGUCUAGAGGCUACACAUCCUCCUCUUCCACGUGUGCAUCCCCUUUGCCAUCGACCUCCCUCCCUUCUCAGCUUCCUCAUCCGCACAUGCGUACUCCCCACCACCCUGCACCUCUCCCCACCUCUCUGUCUGCUCCCCUCAGGUUCUCCGACCCGUUAAUGGAGAUCCCACUGGACAUGCUGCUCUUCCACGUGUGCAUCCCCUUUGCCAUCGACCGCCUGCGCCCGCGGGCCACCAUCAAGGCCGCACUCUCCCUCUGGUUCCGCGCUGCUGCCCGCCUCCUCAUGCUGCAGCACUUCCUGCUGCCGCCCCCUCCCGCCCCCGCUGCUGCUGCUGAUGCCGGAGCAGUGGGAGCAGUGGGGGCGGUGGGAGCAGGAGGAGGAGCAGCGAAAAGAAGAGGGGCCGGUUUUCAUAGAAGGGUUGGAGAGGUGGAGGAAGAGGGAGGGAAGGAGGAGGAGGAGGAGGAGGAGGAGGAGGAGGAGGAGGAGGAGGAGGAGGAGGAGGAGGAGGAGGAGGAGGAGGAGGAGGAGGAGGAGGAGGAAGAGGAGGAGGAGGAGGAGGAGGAGGAGGAGGAGGAAGAGGAGGAGGAGGAGGUAUUGGAGAGAGGGGAGGUGGAGAGAUUAAGAGGGAAGGGGAAGGCAGUGGAGGAGGAGGGGAGGGAGGAGACAGGAAGAGAAGAGGGGGAGAGAGAACGCGAGAGCGCGGGCGGCAGCGGCAGCGGCAGCGGGGGGAGUGGGGGCAAGAAGGAGGACGAGCAUUUUCGGGUGCGGAUAGUAGCGCUGCUGGUGGCGGCGUGGGCGUCUCUAGCAGCGUUCAACACGGCGGUGGUGCUGCUGCCCACCGCUGUGGGGCGAGGGGCCUUCCGACUGUCCGCCUCCGUGCUGCCCAGUGCUGCUGCUGACGACACUCCUUGCAAUGCAGCGUUCAACACGGCGGUGGUGCUGCUGCCCACCGCUGUGGGGCGAGGGGCGUUCCGCCUCUCCGCCUCGCUGCUGCCCAGUGCUGCUGCUGAUGACACUCCUUGCAAUGACCUCUAUUCCUUCGGCAUCGGAGCCUACCUCAUCUGGGGGUCCAUAGCAGCCAUGCAAGCAGCUGUCUUGCGGUUACCGCGUAACAACAUGCGGGCGCUGCUGCUGCCUCUCGUGCACUGGGCUGCUGUGGCAUUGAAAGCAGCGGUGCUGCUGCUGCUGUGGCUGGUAGUAGCACCCAUUCUAGCAGGUCUGCUGGUCGACCUAGCUGUCAUCAUGCCCAUCCGAGUGCCCAUCAACGAGUCCCCGCUGCUCUCGCUCUACCAUGACUGGGCUCUCGGCCUCAUACUGCUCAAGCUCUGGGCCAGAGUGGUGAGUGCGCCAUGCGCCUACCCAUGCAUACAUUCAUGUUCGUGUGUCCGUCACCCGCUGCUCUCUCUCUACCACGACUGGGCGCUCGGCCUCAUACUGCUCAAGCUCUGGGCCAGAGUGGUCACCGCACAGAACCACUUGCUAGCCAACCACGAGUGGCGGGCCCGCUUCCUCCGCCUGCAACAAGACGGGCUCCGCCGCCUCAACGCGCGCCGCACCUUCCAGGAAAUUUUCGCUCCAGUCCUCCUCUUCCUCCUCACAGCCCUCACAGCCCCCUUCCUAGCUGUCCGCGCAGCACUCCCCUUGCUCCGCCUCCCCCCCGUGCUCGAAUCAGCGGCGUUCCGGUUCGCGUGGAUUACUGCGUUGGGGGUGGUGGGGACGGCGAGGGUGUGGCGGCGGGUGUGUGAGUGGCUUGCUUCUUUGCACGAUGCGAUUCGGGACGAUAGGUACCUGGUCGGCCGGCGCUUGCAUAACUUUCAGCACCAGCGAAGAUGA